UUGGCAAUGUUGACGUACCACAACCAUCUCUGUUGUGUUGCAGUUGUUUAAUUGGCCCAACGUUGCCAAUGCUCCUCCAUUCUUUAACAGUUAAUAAUUAUUUCAGUAUGAUAUUUGUUGUAUAUUAAGUUAGAUUAUUUGCAAUAUAAUUACAUUUCUACCAGGAGCAGAGCAAUUCUACCAGGAGCAGAGCAACCUCAGUGAUGGAAACCACAGAAGAGGGGGAGCUCAACAAUGUAGAACAUCUGACACUUAUGGACUUCCUUCAAAACCUAACUGAGAAGCAAUGGAGGGGGAUUCAAGAGGGCAUGUUUGACCCGCUGACAAAACAACAGCUUGCCGGCUUGUGUCUGAGGAUUGUCCAGUUUUUAUCAGACAAGCUGAUGCAGAUCAUCAUCCCAGGUCUUUACGAACUACUGGGCAUCCAAGAUGCUGCCUCCUCUCCAUUGUCACAGAGAUCUCUCACAGCGUCACUCACCAGUCUGUUAGACGAUAAGACUAACACCAAGUCCCGCGUGAGAUUUACUGAGGCUGGUGUACCUAAGAGGCCAGGCAGUCGAAAGUCUUACAAUAGCUUUCGCAUCCCGACUCCCUACCCUUCCUCCAACUGUAUGGAGCAGGAAGAGGAAGAAGAGCAGGAAUCACAACUUAAGUUCAAGGAGAUUUACCUGACUAAGGGCAGUCUGGGCAGUGGAAGCUACCUGCCCAAGGGGGCCAUGAGGUAUGUUCUUAAAGGGAUAUUUAACAACUUCAUAUUCAUCUCCAGCAUCACCAUAUGUGAAAAUUACACAUUUCCAUGCUUUGUAGUAAAAAAAAAUAUAGAGGGAUGUAACUGUUUCCAAUAGUGCUGAGAAAUUAGUGCUUUUUGAGGUUGGUUUGGUUUCGAUUCAAAUAUUUAAAAAAUAAUCACGGUUUUGGAUUUCAAUACUUUUUUAGACAUUAAAUGCACUAUGGAUUAUGUGUGUUGAAUGCUGUAACAACACAUGAUAAAACAAUGAAUAAAAGUCCCAUGAUGGUAGUGACUGUCCAUUACUGUUUAUGACUUAUCAACCAUCAUUUACUUUCUCAUAUAAAAUAUUUAUUUGAUAACUUUAUUAUUUCAUUCCAAGUCAUCAACUCAUCUCUAUAGAGCUGCUGCUUAUCCUGUCUGACAAAAUCACUAUUUUAGUAGUUCUUCUAAGUAAAUAAGACCUACUUUUAUGACCGCUGAACACCAACUGUCAAUCACUUAGAUCAUGUAUUUCCAGGUAGAGAAUCCUCGCAACGCAACUGCUUUUUAUCUCUCAUGCAUUCUCUCGUCUCUCCGUCUCAGUCAAUGAGGUUUCCGUAUCUGCUCCACACAGAGUGGACAAGCAAGUGGGCGUGCAAUGGAUUAUGGGAAUUAAUUGCCAUAUUUUCUGUGCCAAACUAUGUCGAAUAUUGAUCUGUUGGAAACUACAACUCCCUACUACAUUGCAUAGUUCGUGCUUGAUCUGAUUUAUCUCUACAGAAACUGAGCAUCGAGCUCACAGAAGAAGAAAAAAAUUAACUAUAUGGAAUUCAAAUAAUUGAGCCGACGUCGGUUAAUUAGUUGUUUAAAACCGAAAAAUAACAAAAAUGUUGGUUAAAUGCUCAGCUCUAGAUUCUAAUGACAUCAUCAGUGUGCAUCGUGUGAUUUUAACCAAUUAUGAGUAGGCAUUGCCUACUAAUUGGUUGAUGAUGUCAUAGAAAACACUUAUCUUCCUCUUUCUAUUUUACUACAAAACAUAGAAAUGCCCGUUUUUCACAUAUGCUGAUGUUGGGGUGGUGCUGGAGAUGAUGAAUAUGAAGUUGAAACAUUUAGAAAUUUCCCUUUAACAUUUCUUCAAACUGCCUUGUAUUUAUGAUUGUCCUUGAAGUUAUUAGAAGUUACAGUAUUUGAAGUUUAUAGCAAUUUGGAUUUUUGUAGAGGAUAGAUAUUGCCAGGAUAGAUAGAUAUCUACAGGCCAGUUUCAAUACAAAUGACUUAUACAAAAUACAUUUUAUUGGGCUUUAGAAAUUAAGCAGUUAGGCUGACAUCACACUAAGGUUUUUUCUCAGAGAAACAGCAGCACUUUCCUCAGUGUUUUCAAUGGUGCAGAUGUAUUUGACACACUGAAUGUGCAUCACAGCCUUACAUAUUAUUUGUUUGACUUUGAUGAUUUCUGUUGUUUUUUUCCCAAGGACUCUAACCUCUCUGUCUGAUGUGCAGAAGAAAACAACCAACUCUGAGACGCUACAAGUCCUCUUAGGUGUCUCAGAGGACACCCUCGUCACCUGUGUGCAGGACAGCCUGCAAGGUUCUCUCUCCAAACUUGCAUGCAUGUCCAAUUCUCCAUCUGGAAGUGCAGGCUCUAUGAUGCUAACCCCUGCUGUAAUGGCAGAGUUGGCUAAAGAUGUCAAGUCGGCCUUAUCAGUGGUCGUUAAGAGUGCCUCCGCUAGCCAAACCUCUCUAGUGACACCGGUAAGGGGAAACUCACAGACCAAGGUGACUGAGAGCAUGGUGAGAGAGCUGGCUGCUAAACUUGAAAAAGUUGACCAAGAGAGCAAGAGUCUAACAGGGCAAGUCAUGACCACCAUCUCUGACACAAUGGUGGCUUUUGUUGACGAGAACGAACAGAAUUUGCUGGAAGAUCUGAAGGACAAGAUCCCAUUUUUGGCAUCGCAUGUUGGCUUCAUUGAGGAUCUUGAUGCCCUGAUAAGGAAAUACGAGAGCAGCUACAAUAUUAGUGAAUCUGGUUCCUCCUGCACGCUCACAUCUAAGAGCAUCCAAAAACUCUCCAGCCGGGAGUUUCAAACAUCAGCAAUACAAGCAGUGAGUGGAGUUCUUGCCAAAAAAGUCAGUAGUUUGAGCUUUCCUAGUUCAGUCGUUCAGUCUGAGUUAACAGGUGCUGUAUCAGGUCAAACAUUGUCUGGCAUUGUAAAGACAGAGUCAAUUCACCCAGUGGGCUCAGCAGCGUCAGUAGUUGUUAAGACUUUCGUGUCAGAUAUGAAGUCAUUGGCUGAAUCUGAAGAGAGUCCCCAACAGAAGAGUGCCUGGUCUGCUGCUGUUCACAUUUACCACAGCAUCCAAAACAACUUGAAAGAUUAUUUCGGCAAGCUUCAGCGAUGUGCCUUAAAGAGCAUUGUCACAUCUGAUGAUAACAUCACAAAUGCUGAGUUUAAGGAGACAAUUCCACUUCCUUGCUUAGACAUGAAAUAUAGGCCCAGUAAGAGUGAGCCUCAGUUGCCAGAGUCCACUGGUGCAGUUACUUUACAAAGAGGCCUAAGUGAGAGCUCAAAACUUCUUUGGGCAAAAACUGAGUCAGAAGAAAGCAAGCUCCUUCUGACAACUUGCACCAAAGAAGUCAUCUCAGAGCUUCUGGUCUUGUACAACACUGAGAUGUCAAAGGAGGACCCCCUGUACACUGUUGGAGAAAAAGGAUCAGGCUUCUCUUUGAGAGAGAGAAAUUUGUAGAGGGUGUUCUGGCUCAGCUUGGGGAUAUCUCCCAUUCCAGGUCCUCAUCACCAAUAGUAUGUGAGUUCCCCUGUCAAAUUGAGGACAGCAGAAGUAAGGCCACAGCUUCUUUGACCAGUCUGUUAGAUUGCAUGAAAAAACUCUCAAGUGAGGAAUUUAAGAGAAAUGCCACUCAAGCAGUGAGUGAGUUCCUAGUUAAAAAGUCCACCAGUAGCUUAACUAGUGCACAGCCUGCUUAUUCUGUAGCAUCCAGGUCUUGUUCCAUUCAAAACCAGAACACAUGGUCAAAGGAUAUUUGUGCGGAUUCUGCUGCCUUUGGCAUCAUUGAAACAUUUGUGGAAGACCUGCAGAGCUCGGCGCAACCUGCAGAAGUAGAGGAGAGAGAACCUGACCUCCAGGAAAAUGCACAAAAGCUACAGAGCAGGAUCUGGUCUGCUACCACUAGUUUAUAUAACAAUAUUAAGAAGACAUUAAAGGACUUCAUCAUUCACCAGCGGAGGUCAGACAUGCUGAGCAGAAUGUCUAGUCAUACACCCACAGAGGACUCUGGACAUCUUGGGACUAAGGAGCACAUUUGUUUGGCAAGCCAGGACUUGAGGCAAGCUAGUAAGAGUGUGCCUCACUUGCACAGAUUGAACCUUGAAGUGACUCUACACAGGGGUGUCAGCGAGAGUUCAAAACUUCUCUGGACUGAAACAGACGAGGGUCUACUGAUCAAUAGUACCAAAGAGGUCAUUUCAACAAUCUUGACCUCAUGCGAGGAUCAGACAUCAAAUGCACCUUGCUUCUCCACAGUAGGAAAGAAAAUAUCUGAUAUGUCCCUUGAGGUCAACAUGUUGGUAGGUGGUGUUCUGUCUCAGCUGAAGGACAUCUCCUUGUCAAGGUCCCCAACACCAUGUGAAGACAUGUUUGAACGUCUCCAAGGUUCUACUGAGCGAACCUCUCCAGUAAGUCUAGAUUGCAGCACGGCUGCCUCCAAAGGCAUUGCAUCUUCCCACAGUCUUUCAACAAAGAGCCUCCAAAAACUCUCUAGUCAUGAGUUCCAAACCAAAGCUGAGAAAGGAGUGAGUGAGGUCAUCUCUAGAUCAUUUAACAUUGUGGAGGAAGGCACAACAGAUAAGUGCCUCCAGUCUGUAUCUACAUCCACCACAUCUACUGAUAUUAUACAAACCACGGUGAAAGACCAGCAGGAGCUCCCCCAGACCACCCAAUCAUCUGACAUGGUAUCUGGAACCUCCCUGCUCACCACUGGACAGGUUUCUGAGAAAAGGAUCCGGUCUGUUGCUCGUAACAUCUACUACAGUCUGCAAAGCAAGAUUACGGAGUUUCUCAGAAAAGAUCUUCAAAGAUCAGACACAACACUUGGUUCAAUCCAAAUCUUUACAUAUCAAAGCAGUCCUGCAUCACAAAGAGCAAGUCUCGGCCAUCUUGAGGUCAACCAGAGCAGUGUUACACCUGGUGGAAACGAUGCCUGUGUGGACAUUCCGCACAAAUUACUAUCUAAAACCACUGAGCUCUCGGGAUCCAUGCUGGAGGAUAUUGGCACGAUCCGUUGUAGGAGUGCUGACAGCCAAAAUACAAGAAAUACCUCUUCUUCACACUCCUCCAUCUCUCUAACACCUACUUCAAAAUUAAGGCAGUCGAAAUGGCACUUUGCCUUACCCGGGACUCCCAUCCCCACUGAGUUUCCUGCUCAGAUUGACUUUCCCAUUGUUAGAAACACAAUCAUUGAGGACUUCUUUCACACAGAGGACUUACUUCCUGUAACCUUUGUGGACAAAGUCAGGCAAGCUGCUGGGGUGGUAGUGGACAUUAUGGUGGAAAGUGUUGAGAACACACAGGAAGAUGGACAGGGUGCUUCUCAUCUUGACGACCUCCGAUCUGCUGUUAGGAAAUUGAGAAAAAUCAUUUCCACUUGGACCAUCCACAUUUUCAGCCAUGAAUUGGUGGAUAAAGUUAUAGCCCUUCAGGACAGCCACAGCACUCCACAGGUCUUAACAUUGGAAGCAGCCAAAAGUGCUUCAGACUCUAUUCUUUCAAGGCUGAAAUGGGGAAAGGAACAAUGCGCCAUAUCCAAGGAGCUCUCCUCUCAGCUUCUCCAGAUAUUUGCUGAAGAGACAGUGAAGUGCUUCCUGAGACAGUGGUCAGAUGAGUAUGAAAACAUAAACUUUGAUGUUUCAGUCCAGAACGAACCAAAGACUUCUACUUGCAUGGUCAUUCUUCAAAUGAUCACCAAAGCCACUGCUAAAUGUUAUUUUGAGUCCACUACCAGCGUGGCCACCAGUGACAUUGUAAAAGGCGUGUUUGAUUUGGAAAGGGAUACCAUCAGCAGUACUGGAGAGCAGGUCCUCACCUUUAACACAAAGGGUUCCAAGAAAGUUAGUAAGAACCUCUGUCCUCAAGAGUCUCUGGAGUACCAGCCUCAGAACAUUUCCCCUACUGUGUACUUUACAGAGACGAUGACAACAUCUCAUGGCUCCUUUUCUCCAGAGGGAAUUUAUGAUAUCGCAUCGUCCUUACCACUUGAAGAGAAGAGUCGCAAACCCUCCCUUUUCACUAGAUUGUCUAGAUCCAUCACGAAAGGCUUUCUCAGCCCAUUCAAAUCUUCAAGGAAAACCAAAUUAUUUAAAUAAAUUCCUCAUCAUAACAACAAGAGCAUUCAUUUGUUCAGAUGAAAAUCUAAUCGUAUUGGUCACAUACGCCGAAAACAACUGUGAGAGGCUUUAUUACGAGCACAUUCCCAACAAUGCAGAGUUAAAAAAGUAAGAAAAUAUUUUCUAAAUAGUAACACAAUAACAAUAACGAGGCUAUAUACAAGGAGUACCAGUACCGAGUCAAUGUGCAUGGGUGCGAGGCAGUCGAGGUAAUACAGUAUGUACAUGUAGGUAAGGGUAAAAGUGACUAGGCAGUCAGGAUAGAUAAUAAACACAGUAGCAGCAGCUGGUGUGAAAGUCGGUCAGUGUCACAGUGAAUGUGUGGGUAGAGUGUAGUGAGUGUGCAUCGAGCCAAUUCAAGAGAGUCAGUGGAAAACAAUUAGAAAAAUACAUCAAUAACAAAGGGGGUCAAUGCAAAUAGUGCAGGUGGCCAUUUAAUUAACGUUCAUCAGUCUUGGGGGUAGAAGCUGUUCAGCAGUCUUAUGGCUUGGGGGUAGAAGCUGUUCAGCAGUCUAAUGACUUGGGGGUAGAAGCUGUUCAGCAGUCUAAUGAC